UGGAGUGUGUAGUUAUAGUUGACGGUGGCUGCAGUCUUUCGUGUUUAGCAUCUGAUUUUUUUUUACCUUGUGAAAGCGUUUAUUUUUAGUAAAUACACCUAAUUCAUAGAAUUCCAGAUUUGCCAACGGAUUUUACAUCGUUUUAUUCAUGGAUGUCGAUGUUCUAGACAAAAAAUGUGUGGAUGAGUGUUGUGAUAAGCCAGAAUGGAAGAAAUCUGGGUUUGGUGAUUUUUUCUUCAUUUAUAUAAAAACUGCUGGCUGAAUGGAAAGUGGCUGCUAAAAGAGUAUGGGCGGAAUAGGGGAAACAGGAGGCUGAAAAUAAAUUGUGCAAGAAACGAAUGAAAUCAGAGAAGAAACGGUGGGAAUAGCAGUCAAAUUGGAGCAGGUGUGAUCAAAUUUAUCAAUAAAGUGUGUACAAAAUACUCGAAUGAAACCGACCGUGCACUGAUUUCUUUGUGUUUAUGAGAAAGGUUACUAAACAUAGUAAUGUUGGAAUUGUCGGGUCCCUGAGUGGUGAUCAUUCCGAAUAAAAUUGUCCGCGGAAGUCAUUGGUCUGUGCGAAAGAGAUGACCGAAACUAGAUUGAAAAGUGGUGGCAUAAUCUCGCUAAAAGAGUCGCGAUGUAAUCGCGAGGUGAAAUUUUUGUACUAGCUUAAUAGUACCAAUAAUGAUGUGGAUUUCUGUGUAACUGAGUGUACAAAAUAUCCCGCUAUGGCGAUAUGCGACCAAUGAUUCUGCGAUAAAAAGCUGUAUCUCCACUGUUUAAAUGGCAGCAUCGAAUGCUGAUGUGAUGCGUGGCAGCAUAUCAUCUGCUAUUGCACCUAGCUCGGCUAUUCAGCAGAUUGCUCAUCAUCAGUUGCCGACGAAUUUGGCCCACCAACAACAGCAACAACAUUCGAUACCGAACCAUCACAUCCAGCAACUGCAAAAUCUAACACAGCAGUCCACGACGAUCGCAACGCAUCAUCACAUUCAAUCUCAAAAUGCCAUGCACACCCAUCAUCGGGUGCAACAGCACCAAGAUCCUGGUCAAUCCCUGUCAUCAGGACUGCAUCAUUCGCCCCAUGUACUACAGCAACAAAAUCUUGCAUCGGUGCAACAUAAGAUUUCCCAGUACAGUGGGAAUAUUCAUAACUUAAUGUUCGCUUCCACCGAGAAUCCUUCCGCGGCAAGUGGUGAGACCAGUCUUGCCGGCAGUGCAACUGCUAGAGCUAGUGUUGUGAACAACGUGGUUGUAAAUAUAGCUAGUGUGAAUCAAUCGCCCAACAUUGCCAGUAAAGAGAGUGUGUCAUCUUUGGCAAGCAGUAAUAGCAAUUCAAUUGCAAAUCGGGUAACUACAAGUGUUACCCACAUUCCCACGGAAAAUGUCCAAAUCAGUGAAUCUAGUUUAGUCAGUACAGUAAGGACCAAUUCUGUUAGCCGUUCUAAUGUUGCACCCGGGUGGCGAAGGAUAAAGUACAAUAGCGAAGUGAUUUACAUCAGUCCUUCUGGUGUGCCGCUGCGAAAUUACAACCAGGUGAAGGAGUAUCUGUUGAGUGGCGGUACUUGCAAGUGUGGUUUACCAUGCCCGUUUCGUCCUGAUGUGUUCUUCGAGUUCAAUUCACAGGUUCCCAAUUCCAAUUUUGAUGGCAAAACUGACAUACCACAAAACUUUUGUCUUCAUCACACGAGAUUGAUGGAAAAAGUGGAAUUAGUGCGAAGAGGAAAGAAACAGGAUGUCAACAUCAAAACAGCUUCCAGCUCAAGAUUGUUAGUAUCGGAACCUAACCCAACCAUCGGUAGUGAAGUGAGAGCUCUGUUUCCUACAAAUACAAAUUUGGAUAAUAAAAUGUUUGGAACUGAGAUUUCAAAUGCAGGACACGAUGAAAUGUUAUCAGCACCCCAAUUAAACACUCAACAUGACCGAGAAUUGGUUGGUAUUCCCCUGUCGAAAACUCCUCCUUGGCGAAAGCACGCUUCUGCCUCGGCAAAUUCGGCGCCACUGGUAUGUAUUCCGGCAAACCAACGACAAGUACAGUCAACGAGCUCAGUGCCAGUUAAAACUUCCGUACAAACUAUAAAUCAAAACGAGCAGGUAGUCAAAAGUAGUAAAAUAACAAGUGAAUUAUCACAUUCAUCCGGCGGGUGCAUGACAAUGGAUAAUAUCAAAUCGAAAUGUGCUGCCAAAAAACGACCUAAUUUCAAGGACGAUCCUACAGGGUACUUGAACCAACAAACGGCUAUUUUACAUAGUUCAAUAUCCACAUUGCACAGUCCCGAUGGGUCUUCUUCUUCUCAAGAGAGUCCACAGCUCAAAGUGGUGAGUAGCUAUGGCCUUGUAGACACAAAUGAAUCCUCAGAUUCGGUAAGAGUGAGAACAGAAGCUCAAACAGUCAAUACAACAACAAAUGCUACUGGGCAAACAAUUACGCAUUCAGCAAACGGUAUGAUCCAGGUACAGCAAAACUGUGAUAUUAGUCAUAUGAAGCUCCAGCAACAGUUGCAGUUUCAACACCAACUUCAGCGGCAGAAUCAAUUGGUACGGCAGCAUCAUGAGCAACUUCAAUUGUUGCAGCAGCAGCAGCAACAACAAUCAAUAGGAAAUGAUGAAUCUUCUAAAGUUAAUACUCAUUUCGUUAAAGUUGCACAGGCUUCUCCGAUUUCUUCUAGUAGUAUUACUUUUAGUACCAGUCGGACACCGGAUGUUACUUCCACCUCUUCAAGCACACCAGAUUUAAAGGACCCUGGAUAUGGUGGGACCGUAUCAACAUCAAAUAGAAGUCCUCUGUUUAAUACCAAUGUCGGUGCAAUACGUUCCGAAUCUCCUGAAGUUUAUUCCAGUAAAACUUCGUUCAACGCAAGUCCACACAAGACUCCAGGUAUUCGUAACAAUACAGUUGCCUUCGCAAGCAGUUCAUCUGUACCGUGUAACACUAUUACGUCAGUUCAAGCGAACAGUAAACCACUUACGGUUACUAGUACUAACAUGGUGAGGCUAGCUAAACCUGGAAUGAAAGAAGCGGAAAGCGAUGGUCAGUCGAUCAAUUUAGGGGCGAGAUUUGUCAAAACCGAAAAGAUUAUGGUACAUAAUUCCGCCCCGACUGGUACACAAAAUGUCAUAAGCUUCAACCAGCAACAUUCACCACAGAGCCAAAUAAUAUCACAACCUCAACAGGUUCUUAUGACUUCUAAUGGUCAGAUUCUUGUGAUGUCGUCUCAUGCAAAUAAAAAUUCUGGUCAAAUUGUUGCGGGCAACAAUCUGAACAACUCUACGUCGACUAUCGGACAAAACGUGAUCAUUCCUCAACAGGCAAUGAUGGGUAACAAUGCAGCUCACUUUGUAAAUGUAGCGGGAACUACACCUGGAUCCAGUGCAGCGGGAAGUGUUAUCAACAAUGUCCCAUCUGACCAAAAUUCAAACAAUAGUGGAAUUAUGCAGAACAUGACUCAGCAUCCAACGAGCAUAAUUCAUCACUCUCAACCUAAUGCAAACUCUAACUUUUUGAUCGGCUCCCCAAAUAACAUGCAAUCGACUGUGAUAUUGAAUAAUGGGGAUGUAAUCCAAUCUGGACAACAAAUGUUAUCGUCGAACAAUCCACAAGUCAUGCAUUCUGGUAAUAUUAUAUCGACAGCGUCACCGGGAGCGAAUAUUGGCACGAAAAUUAUAUCAAGCGGAAGCAACACUAGCAUAAUUACCAAUCAAUCCAACAUUAAUCAAUUAAUCAACCCAAAUAAUAGUGCAGUAGCCUCUAUGCAAUCCGGUACUGGAGGAAGUUUGUCACAACAAGUUAUGUUGAACAGUUUGCACCCCAACAGUAUUGUUAUACAACCUAAUUACAAUUCCGUGCCAGAGGGCAUAGUUAAUCAAGUUGUCAACCAAGACGGUUCAACCACGUCUUAUAUUCAGCAACAAAAUCAGCAAAGACUCAUUUCACCAGAUUCUAAAAAGAGAGCGAAGAAACGGAAAAGUAACAAUACGACUAGCAACCAGAUCCUUUCGCCAAACAGUCUUUUACUUCCGCAGCAGCCCAAUCAUAUUGUAGGACCUCAACAACCAGCGCAGCAGCAACAGCAAACCAUUCAAUCCGUCAACCAAUCUGGUGCAGUGCUGCAGAUUACUCCACAGUACCAAACACAGAGUUAUCAGCUGAGUCCGGGCAUAUCGGGACUAACAAUAGUUCCACAGAAAGCUCAACAACAACCACAACAGCAACAGCAGAUUCUUCUGCAAAAUGGCCAGAUUAUUACUCAGCCCUACAAUAUCAUCAGCCAACAAGUGCUACUUCCAACAGGGUUUGUUAUGGCUCCUGAUACCACGUUGGUUCAAAUUCAAAAUGUAGCAGCAGCACCUUGUGGUAGCAUUAUAACUACUCCCCAAGGAAUGAUUAUUCGAGCUCAGAGUCCUCAUCAGCAGAAAAGUUUCCUGUCGCCAAACUCUGGUCAACAGUACAUUGUGAAUAACAAUGGUCAAGUUAGUCCCAUGGGAGCUCAGAUUUACGGUGGACCGGUUAACAUAGUAGUACCGCAACAACAGACUGGACCUACUACUUCUUACGUUCAACAGAAUACAGCCUUAGUUCAACAGCAUCCACAGCAGAUUGUCCAGAUUGCAACUGCUCUAAACACUAGCACGGAUAAUAGUAGUACGGCCAGUAGUACAAACGAUAGUCCUUCACUACCAUCAACACCUCAGCCAGUGAUGCAGCAGAAAACUCACUCGACGUACCUAUCCGGAGCUGCAUCUCCUCCGGAUACGACAACGCACAGUCCAAACAGUCCAGACUGUGCAUCGAGCGAGAAAAGUACAGGCAGUUCGGACAGUGUGAAUAUGGCUAUGGUACAGUGCGUGUCCAGUUCGGAACCAGAUCUCAUUGCUGAUGGUGCGCAGUCCCCUUUGGAUUCAAGCGAGUAUUUUGAACAAGGAGCUAUCGCUUAUCAACGAAUUGCAUACAAACCGUCUAAAAUUAGGCGAAUACAAACGCACCAACCGUCAUCUCAUAUUCAAGGCGACUAUUCAAAUGGUGACACAACUAGCAGCAAUAUCAAUGCCAAUAGUAACAAAAAUACUAGUCUACAACAGACAACGCACUCUACGUUGCACAAUCAGCCACAUGCUCGUCAUACAGAGCUGGUGUCACAUGGAGGCUCGUCAACGCAAAUCGCUCAGCCUGAUUCACACGACUCUACAACGCAAGUUUCGGCACAAGAAAAUGCAGCUCCGUACCAAAGGGCGCUGGUUUCUCCCACCGCCGCAAAAAGUCCCGGGCCUACAAAGUCGUUCAACGUAGGUGAAUUGGUCUGGGGAGCAGUUCGUGGUUUCCCAGCUUGGCCAGGCAAAGUGAUAGAACCGGCGGAUGAUGGCCGUACGAUCCCUGUCGAUUGUGUAUGGGUCCGUUGGUUUGGAGGUCGGCCGAAUGCGGAAAUGGUUGCCGUAAACGGACUGAAAAGCUUGUCUGAGGGCCUUGAAGCUCACCAUCGAGCCCAGAAGGAUGCUAGAAAGGGACGGAAACUAAAUCCUCAGUUAGAACGUGCCAUCCAGGAGGCGAUGAUGGAAUUAGAUCGUGCUGCGGAUACUCCUUCGCCAUCACCACAUUCAUUGUCUGUAGUUAACUCAAGAGAUUCCAUUGUUGCCACUCAGACUAUCACCAUAAAAGCUCCGCCUACGGGUAGUACAGCUUUACCCAGCAACUGUAACUCUAUAGCACUACCUACAAAUAAGCUUGCUAAACCUUGUCGAAGUGCUAAAUCGAAACUCGUUAAAAUUGCUCCCGCACCACCAGCCAUUGUUGAAAUGAGUAGUACGACUUCGACAAAUAUAAGUAGUUCAAAUAUACCCAUAAUAAACCGCACAAAAAUGAAAUGAAACCACACUACAUUUCACCGAAAGCUCUAUGUGUUCAAGCUUCCGAACAUAUGCGAACAGUAAAAGCUAAGCACAAAGUGCUGCCAUCUACACAUCACUUUUCAUAUAUGCUAAAAAUCAGUAUCUUUUAUAGCAACAUGCACAGAGCAUUGAUAGAAAUUAGACCUCGACCAUGGUGGGUUGCCGGUAGUCCAUGUAUUGUUAGACUCGAUGUCAGCGAUGUUCAUGUGAUUAUUCUCUAAUCCCACUAAUUGCAUUUUCAACCAAAAAAAAAAGCGAUAACCUGUAUCCGUUUCCUACGUACUUUUAUCAAAUUAUCGGUUUAGUCAUCUAAACCGAAUAAAUUUUACAUACACACCCAACAGACAAUAAAAACGAAUAAAUAUUGAUUUAUUCCCCAACAGUUUUCAUUAUCGAGACAAAUCAAAGGACAGUUUUAUCACAGUGUAAUGUCAAUGUUUUAACACUUGAACGUAUAUAGACAUUAACCGAUAACAGCCUAUAAAUGUUGAGUUAAAACGAGGGAGCAAUCCCAACUAUUAACUGCUGUAUGAAAUCAUUAAUACUUGUAUGCAUGAACGUGACAUUAUGUACUUCUUACGACCUAACAGUUUCAAGUUUUACACGAUGGAAUUUCAAUCCUAAUUUUUACAACAUUAACGAUCAUGUCUUUUGUUUGUUUUAAUUUAAACUGUUGGACCUCUAGAUAAAUUAGCAGUUGCAUUCUAAGUAAUUAGUUAAAAAUUAUAAUUUUCGUUUUUUUUUCAAAAGUGAUUUGAAUUCAUCUAUUGCGGUGUAUGAAGAUCAUAGAUCGAUCGAUUUAAGUUGCUCAGGAUCAUUUCACUACUGUCACUUUUGCCAUGUUGAUACUUCUUAUGGUGACGUGAUGUUGAUAAUGCUUAUGAAGGUGACGAUGUAAUUUAGAAUAAGUGUUGUUAAAAUAGUAUUGAUUCAGUUACAAUUCUGCUGAUGUAAAAAGAUAAAGAAAAUUGAGUAUGUGUUAUCUAAAUUAUUGAAUUAGGUUUUAAGAUAACGGAAUAAGUGAAUUAAUGUACAUUAGUAUAGUGUUUUUUUUUCUCUGAGAAUUAAUUUGUUUUUUUUUUUUGCUUUCGUUUGUUGCCUAGGUAAUAAGAAUUCACGCUAGAAGUGGCUAGACAUAACGGACUGAAUGAUCCAUUAUAUUUUGUUUUCUUACUUUUUAAGUAUCCUUGUAUAAAGAUUAAAUUAUUUAUUGAUUUUUUUAAAACAUCAGUUAGGUUGACUAAUAAAGUGUUGUUGAAUAAAAG